CCUUCAUGGUAUCAAGAGCCUUCCUCUAAAGAGCUUUUUUUUCCGAUCCAGCUAUGGCCACUAUCAUCCCCACCACGCCGGUUUUCUCUCUCACGGCAUCAACCCAUUUCCCUAUCAAACUCACCACAUCAAAUUUUCCUGUGUGGAAGUGUCAAGUACACUCUGCCCUUGUUGGCCUCGGCUUAGAUGCAUAUGUUGAUGGCACUCUCUCCGCGUCGGAUCAGUAUAUGGAUACUGCCAAAACACAAAUCAACCCUUGUUACACCAUUUGGUACCGCCAAGAUAAAACCAUUGUUAGUGCACUCCUAGGCAGUUGCACCGAUACCAUCCAACCACUCCUUUCAUCGGCUACUACUGCCCGUCAAGCAUGGGAAAAAUUGGCCCUCACAUACGCUAGCACAUCACGUGAUCGUAUUAUCUCACUUAAAACCACGCUAGCACGUACCACGAAGGGAAACCGGCCUGUUAUUCUGGCCGAGAUGUAUGCCCUUUCAGAAGCCCUUGCUCUUGCUCAAUGUCCUCAAUCCGAGGAAGAUUUGGUCAUUAAUAUCCUUAAUGGCCUUGGAUCUGAAUAUAGCGGCAUUACCUCCGCUAUUCGGGUUCGUGAGACUGCCCUGCCACUUACCCAAUUACAAGACAUAUUACUACGGCAGGCUCUCUUAUUCCCACGGUCAACGCCACUCAUAUGGCUGACCGACCUGGAGAUCGUCGCCAUUUUUCAUCUGGGGAUCGUCGCUCACCAUCCUCCAGGAGAGGGCGUGGAGGCUAUUCUGGAGCUCACACACGCUCCCACUCAAAUCCCAUCACAUGCAGAUUUUGUGAAAACAUCGGCCAUGAUGUUAAGGCUUGCCGCAAAUUACAAAGAUUUCUCUGAGACCACCAAGUACCACAUUCGUCCACUCCGACGGUUCAUAACACAUCAGUGACAUCAUCUCCCAAUGGUCAACCAUGCCUCUUUGACAGUGGUGCGUCUCAUCAUGUAAAGUUGCCACACCACAUGAAAAACUUGCAGGACCAACUUUCAAAGACGCCGAUUGGAGCGGGUGAAAUACAUGGUGAAGUAUACUAUUUUCGUAGUUUGGACUCAGUACGUGUUUGCUCAAUAACACAGAAUGAAAUAAGAGAUUUGUGGCAUUCCCAGUUAGGACAUCCGUCUGUAAAAGUUUUGCAUUCAGUUGUUAGUUUGAAUAAGACUCUUUCCGCACCUGAUUUGAAUACAAAUUGUGAUGCUUGUAUGCGUGGAAAAAAGACACGUGAAGUUUUUACAGUUAAUAAUUCUAAAG